AUGCAGCAGCAAGAAGACAAACGGAAGAUACAGCAGCAGCAGCAGCAGCAGCAGCAGGUGCAGCAACAGCAACAGCAGCAGGAGCAACACGCACAGCAACAGCAACAACACCAGCAGCUACAGCAGCAGCAGCAGAAGCACCACCACCACCAACACCACAACCACCAGCAUCAGCAUCAGCAGCAGCACCAGCAGCAGCAGCAGCACCAGCAGCAGCAGCAGCAGCAGCAGCAGCAGCAGGAGAGUUUACAGUUCGUGUCUCUGUCUGAAACAGCAGCAGCAGCAAUAGCACUAGCAGCAACAGCAGCAGCAGCAGCAGCAGCAACUGCACUAGCACCAACAGCAGCAGCAGCACCAGCAGGAGCAGCAAUAGCACUAGCAACCGCAGCAGCAGCAGCAGCAGCAGCAGCAGCAGCAGGAAGAUGUGCGUACCUGAAGGGCAACAAGUGGAGAUAUAGCGACAGCGCGAGCUCGCCUAGCAGAGCCUCAACGCGGGCCUUAGUAUGUAGUGCUGCUACCAGCCCCAGACAGCAGCGGCAGAGAGCUGCUGCUGCUGCUCCUGCUGCUGCUGCUGCUGCUGCUGCUAAACUCUUCAGCAGCGUUGCCUGCAGCUGCGGCAGCAAAGCCUUCACAUGCACGCCAGCACGCAGCAGCAACGCCCUGCAGCAGCAGCAGCAGCAGCAGCAGCAGCAGCAAAAGAAGAAACAGCAGAAGCAGGAGCGUGAGGAGCAGCAGCAGCAACAGCAGCAGCAGUAG